AUGUUUUAUUGUGUGCACUCUCAACCAAAACAACAACAACAACAAGAGGAAGUGUAUAACCAAAUCCAAUCAAACAAUGGGCAGCAUCAAGGUCUUUGGAUCACCAACUUCUGCUGAGGUUGCAAGAGUGCUUGCUUGUCUUUUUGAGAAGGAUGUGGAGUUCCAACUUGUUAGGGUUGACAACUACAAGGGUACUGAGAGGAAGCCAGAGUAUCUCAAGCUCCAGCCUUUUGGCCAAGCCCUCACCUUUGAAGAUGGCAAGACUACACUAGUCGAUUCCCGGGCAAUAUGCCGCUACAUAUCGGAGAGGUACCCGGAACAAGGUAACAAGGACAUUCUAGGCAAAGGAACACUAGAAAGAGCAUCAAUCGAGCAAUGGUUACAAACAGAAGAACAAAGUUUCGAGCCACCGAGCUCGGCAUUAGUGUUUCACCUUGCAUAUGCACCAGUGCUGGGACUAGAGACCGACAAAAUGGUGGUCGAGGAUAGCAGAAGAAAAUUGGCCAAAGUACUCGAUAUCUAUGAGCAAAGACUCGAAGAAACCCGGUUCUUGGCCGGAGAUAAGUUCACUCUUGCUGAUCUUUCUCACCUGCCCAAUGCUCAAAGGCUUUCGACAAUUGCGGGCUGUGCCGCACUUUUUAAGGAAAGAAAAAGGGUCAGUAAGUGGUGGUCUGAUAUCUCCUGCCGGCCGUCGUGGAAGAGGGUGGUGGAUAUGCAGAAUGAGCCACCGGCUGCUGCGGCAUAAAUUGAAGAAUUGAGUUGGAAUUUGGUAUUUACUUCAUGAGUUUGUUAUGCAUAUGCAUUUUGUUGUUUGGAGUACUGUGUUUGUUACUUGUGUCUUUGUGCUGAGUCAUGUUGUGUUUGGUUUGAUGUUUGUUGCUUGAGGUCUGGUUGCAUUGGGUGGCUUUCUUGGCCCUUGAUGUUUUCAAUAAUACAAGUCUUUUGAGAGUGUUUUUCUUUCUAUUGACA